GUAGUUCUGUGACCGUUCUGUCAACGUAUUCAAUUUUAACCUAUCUGCAAUUUCCCACCUUUUUCUUCGCAUUCAUUAGUAAAAGUACGUUAGAAAAGUACUUAAAUACCGGUUAACGAACAAAAACUAUUACUUUAUCGAAUAAUUCUAUUUAAAUAUAUUAAAAUUAUACCGAAUUAAAAAUGUUUUGGGGUUUAAUUAUGGAGCCGCAUAGGCGGUACACACAGGUUGUUAAAAAGCCUUUUCACAUCUCGAUGGCUUCGUUAGAUCUUUCUACGUCUUCUGAGGAACCAGCUCAAAUAAUGUGCGGUUUUCAAGGCAGAAAUUAUCUAUUAUGUACCCUUCGCAAACCAGAUAUGCUGCAAUGUCCUUUAGAUCUCAAUUUCGAGAUUGGAGAUGAACUUUCUUUGGCAACUAAUGGAAAAUGUCACAUACAUCUGACUGGUUAUUUAAUAGAAACCGGAAUAGAUGAUCUAGAAGAAGAGGAAGAUGAUGAUGAAGAAGUCGAAGAGGAAGAACAAGUCGAGGAAAAACCUACUAAGAAGAAAAGUAAAAGAAACAAAGCAGAGUCAAAGAAUGGACCUCCUUCUAAAAAAGUAAAAUCUGAUAAACAAAAACCAGCAAAAUCGGAUGAAGAUGAAGAUAGCGAUAUUGAUGUAAACGCUCUUUUAAGCAAUACUUUUGAUAGCGAUGAAGAUGAUGAAACUUUCAACAACUCCGACUUGGAAGAAGAUGGCGAGGAAGAAGCAGAAGAAGAGGAGGAUGAAGAAGACGAAGAAGGAGAGAAUGAAUGGGAGGAUGAAGCAGGUAGCUCUUUAAGUGAAAGUGAGGAUGAGACACCACAACAAUCGAAGGCGAAUAAGGGAAAAGUUAACGGAACUCCGCAGAAACAAGAACAACAGAAAGAUAAGAAAAAUAAGAAGAAUCAACAACAGCAGCAAGCCAAGCCGGAGAAAAACGCUUCCCCUAAAAAGGAAUCUCCUAAAAAAGUUCUCCAAAACGGUCUUAUUAUUGAAGAUUUGAAAGAGGGACAAGGGGCACCUGUGAAAUCUGGUAAAUUUGUUACUGUAUAUUACGAGGGAAGACUGAAGAGUAAUAAUAAAGUUUUCGAUUCAACCAAACAAGGUCAAGGUUUUAGUUUCAGAUUAGGUGGCGGAGAAGUGAUCAAAGGAUGGGAUCAAGGUCUUUUAGGAAUGAAGAUCGGUGGUAAGAGAAGAAUAACCUGUCCACCAAAUAUGGCAUACGGUGCCAAAGGUUCUCCACCAGCCAUUCCGGGAAAUUCCACUCUGGUAUUUGAAGUCGAACUAAAAAAAGUUCGUUGAUUUUCCAUAUACAUGUAAUCAUUUUUUUUUUUAAUAAUAUCAGCAUUUUUUACAAUCAUUUUUCGUAUGGAAGUUUUUAAUCGUUAUUGACCCAUUUUUUUUAAAUUCGCAUUCCCAAAUUGUAUCCGGUGAUUUUUCAUUUUAUUAAUAUAAGUGUACAUCGUCGAUUAAAUACAAUUAAAAAUUUUUUCUUAUAAUGUGCACUGGAUGGAAAAAAAUUGUUUUUUCACUAUGUUAUAUCUAGGUUUUAAUGAUAUAAAAUGUAUUUGAUUAGCUUAUGUGUUGAAAUAAAUCUAUUUUGUAUUGAAUCAA